CACACACACACACACUCUCUCUCUCUCUCUCUCUCUCUCCUUGCGCUUUUGCUUGCUUCCAUUCGCUCUCUCCAUUGUUGUGCUUGCUGUGCUUCUCCUCUCGCUGGUUUGAGAUACACCCAGUCUGGAUACUUGCUAUACCUGUUCUUCAACUGUCUUCCCUCCCCCCUCUCCCCCUUUCUCCCCCCUGACCUCACCUCUACCAGCAACGACAACAACAACAACACUCAACGCGCUUGUCCCACUUCUACCUCCCUUUAGCGCAUUCUCAAUUCAUAUCCUCUCCUUUGGUCGAGAGUUAGAUUUCCUAUUCAACCCCCCGUAUUUUCGACAAAAACGGACCAUUGACACCGUGGAUCGAUCGUCGUUGGUGGUAUUAUUGGUUGGUUGGUUUAAAGAAAUCGAAUAAAUCUGAAAAAAAGAAAUAAAGAAAAAAAAAAGUAAUUUCGCUCGCAUUGGGUUAGAUUCCACUCGACUGAUACAUAUAUAUCAUUGUUUCUUUGUGGUUGGGAAUGAAGGACUACCACUGUUGACCUAGAAGGUAUCGACUCAGCCUCAUCUCACUGCGUCUUCGGAUCGGAUCGUGGUUAUUUCUUUCAUCGGAAUCACGGUUAUCUGGUGCAUGAGAUAAGGCGUUUUUUUUCUUCUUCCUCUGGUUCUGUGUGGCCUCGGCUUGGGAAUCCAUCGUCCCGCAAAACUUCCAUCAACGACUUACGACCCCCUUUUUUAGUGAAUCGGAACAUUGCACCAUGAGAUAGGUAUUGCGGCGUCAUAUUUUCUUAGGCUACCUCACCUCUCCAAAGCCGUUGAAUAAUCCCCCCCCCCCCCGGGGACGAACGCUCACUUUACAUAUCCUCCUUUUCACAGUCGAGAGGCGUUUAUAACCUCUCACUCUCUCUUCCACGAAGAUGUCUCUCCCUAAACCCCCAGUUGAACUCAGGGGUCAUUGUUCUGUGGUCCAUGACAACGUUCUUUAUAUCUAUACCCGCAAUGCCUUUAUAUCGCUGCCAUUGAAGCUCGACGGAGAAUGGUCAAAGCUUCCCAUGGGAGUGCCGGUUUCAAAUGCAGCCUGCACAUUGGGAGGAGUGGACGGUAACCCGAAUGACCCAGGUAUUUACGUGGUUGGAGGAAAGUCUGAUUCUCCUGACUACAGUGGCAUUCAGCUUUAUUCGUUGAAGGCAAAGAAAUGGAGAACCUUGGAGCUGCGAGAUAACAACAAGGACAUCAAAAACCGCAUCCAUCAUGACGCUAUCUACCUGACUGCUUCCUCGUCACUCUUGGUCUUUGCAGGCAGCCAGGGUGGAAACAUCCACCCGUCCACACAAACGUUUUUGAUCCCCGCCGCUCCUCCACAUGCAGUUGAGUCCUUUAUGGCUCCAGUUGACUCUGCCGUGGAUCCAUUCCUGUUACCGUGGCGUGAAGACUCUGCUUUUAUGGUCGGAGGUGGCCCUACUAAUACAAAAACAUAUACUUUCAGUAAAGCUGAAGGAUGGCGGGACACCGGAGUUCCCCUGGUUCAGCCCUUGCCAGAAAAAUCCAAAGUUCAGUGCGCGAUGCUAAGCGGUGCAGACGGUAGUAGAGUUCUCGAACUCUUUGAUGUGAGUAAAUCGCCUAAUUCAGUAUCGCGAUAUGUGAUGUUGCGUGCCGGUGGUGUUCCCGCCCGCCCUGGUGAGCAAAUUGGUGGCAGUGCCUCCCGACCAACGAAGAGACAAAGGCGCGAUGUGACUUUGGCGGAUUUCCCCAAAUACGAUAAUGAAAACGCCCCGAGCACGACUCUCAAUGAUUUCUCGCUUGCUCAAGAUGGGAAUGGAUUGGUGGUCAUUUCCGGACGGGAUGAUGACUACCCAGUGAGGAUUUUCGACCAGUCUAAAAAUAGUUGGGUUGAUACAAAACAAUUGCUCCUCGGAGACAACGCAAAAAUUACCUCGAGCACCAGCACCAGUAUCCCCACCACGUCUUCGUCGACUUCUUUCCCAUCUUCAAGUGCAUCUAUUGAGCCCACGCCUUCUUCUACCAGUGUCGCUGGAUUGGUGCCUGGCGCCAGCAACAAGCGGACGUUGACUAUCGUAGGCGCCACCCUGGGAGCAAUCUUGGGCGUUGCCGCACUGCUGAUCCUUAUCCUUCUCUUCAUCGGCUGGAGAAAACGACGAAAUCGGUACAUGAACAGGGGCAAAGAUGGCUACCAGGAGGAUAAAGAUCGACUCAGCUUCCAGGACCAAGGAAUGGAACCUCUAACCCGCUCUAUAGAGCCAAUGGCAAGAGGGCCUGUACCCUCGACAAAUUCUUGGGCUAUAGUAUCGGGUCAAGUUGAUGAUAGACCGCCGAAAUCUAGUAUUCCCAUGCGCCCCAGCCCUGCUCUGGGAGCGGUAGAAAAGGAGAUGGGCGGCAAGAGCCCUCUUCGUCAAAUCCAAACAACUGACCUUCCAGGCGAGAAUACGAUAUCCCUUCCGGGCGAUGAAGAUGCUACUCGAGGCGAUCGACGUACCGAUGAGGGAUGGAGCAAGUAUUUCCAGGGCGACAAUGAGAGAAAGCUGGCUGGGGACACAUCUGCCAGGUCGUCGGCGGCUUCUUCCCAGAUGACAAAGUCAGACUACAGGAAUAGUGAUUGGCCUACGAUUUCGACUAACGUCGCACCUCUAAAAAUUAACCAAUUGAACAACGCCCAACCUAUCGGCCGGGUCCUUUCUGGCAGCCCCAGCACGGAACAUCCACCAAGGCUAGGCGAUUCCAUUGUCAUGCAACAGGGAUUAACGGCGAAAAUUUCCAGCGCGGAUUCCAUUAGCAUAGCGUCUGACGACUAUGAGGAUGAUAGAUAUUCAUCUGCAGAGCCAGCAACUAUUCACGAAAACACAGGCUGGUCUGCCACAGGAGGACAUCAUUUCCCGGGCGAGCGUGUCGCAAGUAGCAAUUAUUCUGGCAGCUUGUUUCAGUUGCCCUUUAUCAAUCAAGCAAAAUCAGAACGCCCGGUCACCCUAUGGCCUUCGAACGCACCGGAGUCGUCGAGCACGCAGGACCUCUCUAAACCAGAUAAGAGCGCGAACUCUGAUAUGAGCUGGUUGAAUCUGAAGGGCACGCGUUAAUCAGAAUUUAAACUCGUACCAACACGCAAAAUCCAUCCCGCUUGCCUUGAAUGUCACUUUUCCUAUUUCCGCCUUCCUUAAUACCUCUAAACCUUCUCCCUUUUGUCCUGUUUUAACCUUACACCUGGCUGGUACACCUGUUGGUCCGAUCUCUCAUAAACCUAUCCCGAUACCGAUAAUUCUCCCAUCCAUCCGUAUGCUUGAUGCAACAUUUGAUGUAUUUAACCGUCCCAUUUCUCCGAUAGCAUCCCAUCGACCAUGUGUAUGGAUCUGACAUACCCAUCUGGUACCCUUACUACUGGCACCUCCCUGACUUUAUUCGUUGUAUGCCCUCAUUUCGUUCCUAUCAUUUACCCCCCUUUUUCGUAUAUUUUAUCGUGUUGUACUUUUCAUUUACCCUAAACCACCACCCGUCACCCGGCAGAGACAAAUUCAUUUUUGAAGCUUGAUUUUCUUCUUUUCUCAGCUCAUUUAGUUUUCACUUCUUUGUAUCAUUAAUACCCAUCCAUUUACUUGACCCGUUUUUUCCUUUUUUCCUUUUCUACUAUUCUUCUUUCCCCCCUACCUUUUUUCCUUCUUCUUUUCUUUCCUUCUUUCUUUUUUUUUUAUAUCUUAAAUCACUAUUUUUUUGGUCCCCUUUCUCGUGCUACUUUUACACUUCUACCCGUCAGGGCCCUAGCAGCCAGCCAGCCAGCAUCAGUCAGUAUUCUACAAAUAUAUAGAGUUAUCACUCAGGCAUUUCACUAUUACUACUACUACUCCUACUCGCGAUUCAACAAAGUAUCUUUUCGUCUUCUCUUUUUUGCUUCCCCACACUUGAACAAAAAAAAAUAAAACAGAAAAGAAACGCCGCCAAGAAGAAUCAAGCAGGACUGUUGCUGUUCUUUCAUGUACAUGUACAAUGAUGAUAAAAAGUGGGCACCCCCUCAAAAUAACAAAAAUAAAGUUUCUCCUUCCUCCUUAUACCACCUUUCAUUAUACACCUCUCCAUAAAUCCCUUUUUCUGUUAUUUGUCCCUCUUGUUCUCAAAGUUUUUUUCCCUUUCCCCCCCCCCUUUUUUUUUCACUUCUUCAUCAAACUACCCUCCGUUAAUUUCCUUGCGGAACUCCAUAUAUAUUUUUGACCUUCAGCCUAGCGGGAUAGAUAGUUCUCGUCACGGGAGCUACCUAUGUACCUAGCCCCUCUUUCUCCCCCCUCUCCCUCUCCCUCUCGCUCUCCCUCCCCGUGUGCGGCCUGUUUUGGCUAAUCGAACUAAGUCUUUUAUGUGGUUGUGUGGAGGGGAAGGGGAAUUUUCUUUUGCGGGAGGGGAGAGAAAGAGAGGAGGAACGAAGAAGGGGGGUUGAACAAGGGUUUUUUUUUCUUUUUUUUUUUUUUUUUUCCCCUUACACAGGAAAGGAUUCAUUUCGGUACGGUACAAUGAUUGAAUCUAUUGUCUGAUAUGGGAGCUUGCCCUCUUCUAUAUGGUUGUUUACCCUCCGAGUUGAAUGGUUUCUUUUUUAAUUCUUUCUAUCUUCCUGCAAGCCUUCUGAGAUAUACACAUUACAAUCAGAUGUAGAUGGUGGUUUAAAUGCUUGAGCAGGAUUGUAUGAGCUCUUUUAUUUAUCUCUAGAGCAAUGUUCUUUGGUCGUCUUGAAGGGAUGUAAUAAGAUAUGUAUACCUUUUUUUUUUUUUAGUAUGACUGGCAAUUUCUUUCAAUAAAGAAAGCAACAUUCAGUGAUAGGAAGGAGUAUGUGAUGCAUAUGAAGAAGCUUUCUGAAGUUGCCAUACAUACACAUAUAUAUUAUAUAUAUAUAUGUCUACAAAUUUCAUGAGAGAUAAAUCAUAUCAAUCAAUUAACUAUACUGUUUGUAGCCAAUGAAGUAUUCUAGAAGCCACUUCACCUCAUUUUACUCCACAUCAACAUCUGUUUGCUGAUGAACUGAUAUCUUGAGAUCUCAUAAUAUUUGCAGAAUUACAUCCUAUGGGCCUAGCAGUUUUUUUUUAGUUUUC